AUGAAGAAAACUGUCUUCAAGCCAUUCAAGAGCCAUACCGGCAGCAUCCGCACAUGCGCAUACUCGCCCGACGGUGCAUUCAUAGCUACAGGUUCGGAUGACGCGACGAUACGCAUAUGGGAGGCAGGGACAGGUCGUCAAGUAGGGGAGCCAUUGACAGGGCACAGGAGUGGCGUUAAUGCUGUCGACUUCUCUCCUGACGGACGCCGUCUGGUUAGCGGCAGCCUCCACUCAACCCUUCGAAUAUGGGACAUCAACACUCGUCAGAUGGUCCUGGGGCCGCUCGAGGGUCACAAACUUUUCAUAGCUAUUAAUGCGGUACAGUACUCUCCAGACGGUGCAAUCAUUGCCAGUGCUGGUUACGGCCUUGUCAAACUUUGGAAUGCUCACACAGGGGACUGCAUCGCCACAAUACAGCAUCCCGAGAGGGUGAAUUCCAUCUCGUUCUCACCCAGUGGCGACCAUAUUGCGACCGGCGGCUGUGAUGAUAGGCGUGUUCGCAUCUAUGACUUGGCGGCGCAGAGUGGCACCGACCACACAAGCAAAUACACACGGAAGGUAUAUGAUAGAGGUAGCGUGAGUGCGAUUGCCUGGUUCCCCGAUGGAAAGCACGUCGCAAGUGCAGGAAACAACCAUGCAGUUAGGAUUUGGGAUACCACAACAGGCCACGAAUCCGCUGACCCUCUCGUGCGGUCCGACAUCAACGUCGAGGCGAUAGAUAUCUCAGAGAAUGGAGGCCUCUUGGCUAGCGGGGAAAUUGAUGGUUUAGUUUGCAUCUGGGACCUCAAAUCCUAUGAUCUUGCCUUGCCUCCUCUUUCCGCCGCAAGCGGGUCAUAUGACAAGACUGUCAGAAUAUGGGAUUCCCACUCGUUUGAACCUCUGGGAGAGCCUCUGGAACACAACGGACAAGAAGUAAACUCGCUCUGCUUCUCGCCCGACGGUUUGAAACUGCUCAGCUCAUGCCCGGACGGCGCAGUACGUGUUUGGGAUGUCUUGCAAGGAGAGAAGACCGUGUCUGUCAGUCACGAUAGCGCCGUCCACUGCGUGCAGUUCUCGACGGAUGGAUCUAACUUUGUCAUUUUUUCCGAUAUACGUGUAUACCGCCGGGAGACCAGAACAGGGAGGUGUCUUCAGUAUUUCCGACAUGAGGAGAAGGUACAUGCAGCAGCAAUUUCGCCAGACGGGGAGCGUGUCCUAUCAGUGGUCGGUAAUGGUAUUAUCCGCAUCAAGUUGUGGGACGUCAAAAGUGGACAGCUUCUUCUCCCAAAGAGCCACGAUGGCAGCGCCGAGGGGACUCGCCAACGAGACGGUGAAGGAGGAAGGGGAGCCGAUGCAGACGACGACUCUAUAAUGAACAUGCCUGCGACUACUACGAGGGCGCCCGCGGGCAUGUGCCUUGACUCCAACGAGGGCAAUGAAAACAGUACAUCGCAGCGCAUAGGCAAGGGGAAGCAAAAGGAAGGAGGAAGAGGUCCCCGACCUGGAAUUGCCGCACGGUUUGCAUCAUAUCUUGGCCGCAACAAAUCCAAUUCCGCGCGCGAACCCGGGGAAACCCACAAUUGGAGGAGCCGCACAGUAGAGUUAGUGAGUCUCGCAAAAACCAAAACGUUCAUAGCCGCGGGACGUGAUCGAAACGCGGCUUCGAACUCACAAACACCGAAUCCCGAGCCAGAGUCGGAUGAAUCGAGACCACCUUCCCCGCAGCCUUCGCCUGGCGCACCCCCUCCUCCUGAGGCGGAAGUUGGCGGAGGUGAAGGGAGUGUGAUGAAGUAG